CUCAGGUGCCGAUAGCCUACUCAUAUCCCAAAAAUGUCGAAACCACCCUUUUCAUUUGCCCUUGCCCUUUUACUCAACCUAUUCAUGUUCUUGUCCCUCCAGCCCUUCCAAGUAAUUUCACAGAGUUUCAACACCGAACGAUCGAUACUAUUGGAACUUAAACUGCGACUCGGCAAUCCACACUCCCUCCAAUCCUGGAAUUCGUCAUCAUCACCAUGUGAUUGGCCGGAGAUAACAUGCGCUCAUAACAAAGUCACCGGAAUUUCACUCCACAACAAGAACAUCACUGAGAAAAUUCCAGCCACGAUUUGUGACCUGCACAACCUUAAGUCACUCGACGUUUCCAACAAUUACAUUUCCGGUGAGUUCCCUAGGAUUCUGAAUUGUUCGAAACUUGAAUAUCUUGUCUUGUCACAAAACUAUUUCGUAGGCCCGAUUCCGGCUGAUAUCGGCCAACUUUCACGCCUUCGGCACCUGGAUAUCACCACAAACAACUAUUCCGGCGAUAUCCCGGCGGCUAUUGGGCGACUACGGGAGCUUCGGUACUUAUCUCUGGUUCAAAAUGAGUUCAACGGGACUUGGCCUGUGGAGAUCUGUAACUUGUCCAAUCUUGAACAUUUGGCGAUGGCUUAUAAUGAUAAGUUACUGCAUUCAACCAUUCCGAAGGAGCUCGGCGCAUUGAACAAGUUAAAGUUUCUGUGGAUGACGGACACGAAUUUGAUCGGAGGAAUACCGGGGAGCUUCAACAAUCUGUCCAGGCUGGAGCAUUUGGAUCUCUCUUUCAACAAUCUGAAUGGCAGCAUCCCUGGAGGUAUGCUAAAGUUGAAUAAUUUGGCCAAUUUGUAUCUCUAUAAUAAUAGAUUGUCCGGCCACAUUCCUUGGCGUAUUGAGUCCUUUAAUUUGAUUGACAUUGAUCUCUCAAGCAACAGCUUGAUCGGAUCGAUACCAGAGGGUCUUGGGAAGCUACAAAAUUUGACGAGUCUGAGUCUUUUCUGGAAUCGGUUGUCUGGAGUGGUACCUCCAAUUAUAGCACUCAUUCCUAGCCUGAAAAUUUUGAGGGUUUUUAGAAAUAGACUGGGCGGAGCUUUGCCUUCAGAAUUAGGCAUUCUCUCCAAUCUCGAGGUGUUGGAUAUAUCAGAGAAUCAACUGAGUGGGCCAAUGCCUCAACAUUUAUGUGCCCGUGGCACUUUGUUUGCCCUGAUUGCUUCCUCCAACAAACUGAGUGGACAAGUGCCAAAAUCGCUGGGGGAUUGCGGUAGUUUGCUUAUUCUUCAACUUUUUAAUAACAGCUUUUCCGGCGAGAUUCCUUCAGGUCUAUGGGCAUCCUCAAAUUUGACGAGCUUGAUGUUAAAUAACAAUUUGUUCUCCGGAAAACUCCCGGGUAAAUUGGGAUCCAAUUUGUUAAGCGUGGAGAUUAGUAACAAUAGGUUAUCCGGUCCAAUUCCUGUCGGAAUCUCUUCUUGGGUGAAUAUAAAGGAGUUCAAGGCCAGCAAUAAUCUCCUUUCAGGGAAAAUUCCAGUGGCAUUAACCAGUCUCCCAAGCCUCUCUACCUUGUUGCUCGAUGGGAAUCAAUUCUCAGGCCAACUUCCUUCCGAAAUAUACACAUGGAAUUCACUGACUACUUUGAAUUUUGCAAGAAACCAAUUCUCUGGUCCAAUUCCAAAAGCCAUAUGUUCUUUACCUAGACUCGCUUUUCUUGACCUCUCUGAAAACCAAUUCUCUGGUCAAGUGCCUUCUGAACUUGGCCAUUUCAAUCCCAAUUCCCUUAACCUUUCAUCCAACAAUCUCUCUGGAAAAAUCCCCCAUCAGCUUGAAAAGUGGGAUUAUGAAAAUAGUUUUUCGAACAAUCCCAAACUCUGUGGCAAUAUUCCAACUUUGAAGAGAUGCAGUGGAUCCCACAAAUUGCCAACUAAAUACCUUGCUAUGAUUAUAGCUUUCCCCAUAGUUGGUUUCGUAGUUAUUAUGUCUUUGUGUACCUUCUUCAUGGUUAGAUAUUAUAUUAAGGAGAAGGGGAGGGAAAAUCUUGCAACCCGAUGGAAGUUCACAGCAUACCAGAAGUUCAAUUUUACCGAGGAUGAUAUAUUGUCGAAUUUGAAAGAAGAUAGUUUGAUUGGAAAAGGAGGAUCUGGGAUGGUAUACCGGGUUCCCAUUAACAAUUCAAGGGAGUGUGUUGCUGUUAAAAGGAUUUUGAUUAAUGACAGGAAACUAGACAAGAACCUGGAGAAGCAAUUUACAGCAGAAGCUCAGAUACUGGGCUCCAUACGCCACGCCAACAUAGUAAAGAUGCUAUGCACCAUUUCAAGUGAAAGCUCAAAGCUUCUUGUUUAUGAGUACAUGGAGAAUCAAAGCUUGGAUAAAUGGCUUCAUAGUAAGAAGCGGGCAUCAUCGUCCACAAGUUCAACCCAAUAUGCUGUCUUGGAUUGGCCAAAAAGGCGGCAGAUUGCUAUUGGAGCUGCACAGGGCCUACGCUACAUGCAUGAAGACUGCUACAAUAGUAUCAUCCAUCGAGAUGUAAAAUCUAGCAACAUUCUUCUGGAUUCCCAAUUCAAGGCAAAGAUUGCAGAUUUUGGACUGGCCAAAAUGUUGACCAAGCAAGAAGAGUCGGGGACCACCUCUGAUCUUUUAGGUUCUUUUGGAUACAUUGCUCCUGAGCGUGUAUAUACACGUAAGGCAAAUGAGAAGAUGGAUGUGUACAGCUAUGGAGUUGUCCUUCUAGAGUUGACCACUGGAAGAGAAGCCAUUGAGGGAAACGAGAAUAAGAACCUUGCUGAAUGGGCGUGGAAGCACUUGGAAGACGAAAAGCCCAUAGAGGAAGCCCUGGAUGGAGAGAUCAUGGAACAAUGUUACCGUGAAGAAAUGAUCAGAGUCUUCAAGCUAGGCCUUAGGUGCACCGGAAAAGAACCUUCUGCUAGACCGCAUAUGAAGGAGGUUGUGUCUAUUCUUGGCCGGCUUGGUCAUUAACAGGGUUGCGGCAUCAUCUUCCACAGAUUAAGUUGAUUUACAUGCUCCAGGUGUCUAAUUUCUUUGGGUGAAAUACUUUACUGAGGCCCACCAUCAUGGUUUGUGUGUGCGCGUUUUUUUUCAUGUUCAUUAUUUUAAGGCGCUGUAAUUUGGGAUUCAUGAAUUGAAGUUACAGGCUGGUUCCUAAAGGGUAAUUAAUAUUUUGAUUUGCCU